CUGCUGGCGCGGCCACCCCCCGAAGUUAUAAAAGUGGCGGCGCGGGGAGCAGCGAGCUCUUUAGAUCGUAGACUAGUCGCCAUGGAGAGCCCCGAAAGCGCGCACUGUUCCAACGCCUCGGCGUGGCAGCCCGUGGCCGAGGCCAGGGUGUCCGGGGUGUCCGGGCCGUCAGAGGUCCGCAUGCUCGGAUGGAACAUCCCCCCAGAAAUCCUGCCGCACGUCCCAACGCACUGGCUGGGGUACCCGGAGCCCGACCCCCUCGUCAACUACGGCCUGGGGCUGCUGUACUGCUUUUUCUUUUUCUUCUCCGUGCUGGGCAACGGAAUCGUCAUCUACAUCUUCCUCACGUCGAAGAAUCUGCGGACGCCGUCCAACAUCUUCGUCGUGAACCUAGCGCUGUGCGACUUCGUGAUGAUGUUGAAGACGCCUAUCUUCAUCUACAACUCGUUCUCGGGCAUCGGGGCCGGCGCCACCAACGCGGCCAUCGCCUACGACAGAUACAUGACCAUCGCCAAGCCCUUCGGCAGCAAGAUGACGCGGGGGAAGGCCAUCAUGAUCGUGGUGCUCAUCUGGAUGUGGGUGUCGCCCUGGGCCCUGUUCCCCGCCCUCGAGGUCUGGGGCCGCUUCGUGCCAGAGGGCUUCCUCACCAGCUGCACCUUCGACUACCUGACGGACACCACCCACAUUCGAGUGUUCGUGGCGGUCAUGUUCAGCGUCUGCUACUGUGUGCCGAUGUCCUUCAUCAUCUACUUCUACUCCCAGAUCGUCAGCCACGUCGUUGCCCACGAGAAGGCCCUCAAGGCCCAGGCGAAGAAAAUGAACGUGGAGUCACUGCGAUCCAACGCGGACAAGAACCAGGAAUCGACUGAAAUUCGCAUCGCCAAGAUGGCCAUCUCCCUCUGCUUCUUGUUCGUGCUCUCUUGGACGCCAUACGCAGCCGUCGCCCUGACCGGUGCUUUUGGAAACAAAGCGCUCCUCACUCCUGGCAUCACCAUGAUUCCGGCCUGUACGUGCAAAUUGGUGGCAUGUAUUGACCCCUAUGUGUUUGCCUUAAGUCAUCCUCGAUUCAGGCUUGAGCUUCAAAAGAGGAUGCCUUUCCUAGACAUCCGUGAAUCUCAACCUGCAAGUGAGACAGCAUCAACAACGACGGAGGCAACAAGCGCAAACCCUGAAUAAAAUGAUUGCUUAGGAUUACUAAAGAAAAUCCUAAAGAGCCCUCACAAGUUUUGAAAUUUAAGAUGACAAACUCAUAAAUGCCUACAUCGGCAACAAUUUCUUUUUUCUAAUAAAUCUUACAUCUGACCUUACAGGCCUUGCAUAGAAUAUGGACAAUGACUGGAAUGUUUCUGUAAAUCCCAAGCCCCUUCACCACAGAAAAAAUUAUAUUAUGGCAAUUCUUUAAAAAAUACAAAAAAAUAAAUAAAACAAUUAAAUGAAAACCCUGGUAGCUUUUAGAAAUUUAUGUUCUUGAUUAAAAGAUUUGUGCUUUAUGUUUUAGAAAUGUACCCACAAAUAUUACAUAUUUCUUUAAAAUGAAGAAUAAAAUCCUCAGAAAUUUAGGCAUUUAGCUGUUUGUAUCUGAUAUUUGUAUUUAAGUUAAACGGUAAGUGGUCGAAGCAGUAGAAACAACAAUAUUUGUGGAUAAAUGUACUGAGGAGGACAAUAAGAACAAUAAAGCCGUGAUGAUGUUAA